GUUAUUCUACACCACCACAGACUUUAGGCCUGUGUUUGUAACUCCGGAGAAGAACAGGAAAAAGAAAAUGGCAAACGCCGCCGCAGAAGAAGAAGAAAACAUGAGCAUCAGCAAAUGCGAAUCCAUCCGUCUGAAAAGCCUUGCCGAGCAAUCUUACAUUUCCGCCGACCUCAAAUCAGCUCUCAAAUACACCAAACGCGCCCACCGCCUCUGCCCAACUCUCGACGGCCUUCCCGAUAUGCUAACCACCUUCAAAAUCCUCGACACCGCCGCUGACGGAACCACCCAAUGGUACAACAUUCUUGAACUUGAGCCUUUUUGUAAUAUUAAUUUGAUUAAGAAACAGUAUAAGAAACUAGCCCUAGUUUUACAUCCUGAUAAGAAUAAGUCGGUUGGUUCGGAAGAGGCGUUUAAGUUAGUUAAUGAAGCGUUUAGGGUUUUGAGUGAUAAGGUAUUGAGAAAAGAAUAUGAUGUUAAACUUAGAGUUGAAAUGCAUGAUGAGGUAGAGGGGUCCAAAGAGGUAGUCGCGUUGGAGACGUUUUGGACCGCGUGUGAGGCAUGUAGGCUGUUGCAUCAGUUUGAGAGGAAGUAUUUGGGGCAUAAUUUGAGGUGUCCUAAUUGUAAGAAAAGUUUUAAGGCGGUGGAAGUUGGGGAGGAUGGGAAGGAAGUCGAGAGGAGUUCGGAGGAGGAGGAUUGGAAUCUUAGUCGGUGUAAUUCGAAGAGGAAAAUGAGUAGUGUUGGAGAUGUUAUGAAGAGGUCCGAGAAAGUGGAGGGGUCGGGAAAUGAAGUUUUGAGUAAACGUUUGAGAGUUGUGAAUAGUAGGGUUAGAAGUAGUGUGAGAGUGAAGGGUAAAAGGAAGGUAGUGGAUGAUGCUGAUGAUGAGGAGAUUACGUUAGCUGAAAUGAAAAAGUUUGGGAAGAAUGACGUUGAUAAUGAUGAUGAUGAAGAAGAAGGAGAUAUGAUGACGUUAGCUGAAAUGAAGAAAUUAAGUAAGACGAAUGUGAGCAAUGAUGAUGAAGAAGUUAUGACGUUGGCAGAAAUGCAGAAGGUAGUGAAAAAGAAUGUGAAUAAUGUUAACUUGAAAGUGAGGUUCAAAGUGAAAGAGAAAGAUACAGCACCAAAAAGUGGGUCAAGAAGUACGAGAUCAAAGAACAGGUCAAGUGAAGAAACAGAGAAUCGGGAUGUUGAUAUCAUGACGGUAGAGGAUUCAGAUUUUUAUGAUUUUGAUAAACUAAGAGUCGAACAGAGUUUCAAGAAAGGACAAAUAUGGGCAUUAUAUGAUGAUGAUGAUGGAAUGCCAAGGCAUUAUGGUUUGAUUAACGUAGUGGUGUCGAAAUCUCCAUUUGAGGUGGACAUGUCUUGGUUGGACCCCCAAACCAACACUGAGCAGGAGCUACUUAAUUUAGAAAGAACAGGAUUUCAUAUAUCGUGUGGGAGGUUUAAAGUUGCAAGUAAAACUUUAGUUGGAUCUCUUAAUGUGUUUUCACAUAAUGUUGAUUGUGAAAGAGCAGCCAGAGAGGUUUAUAGGAUUUAUCCCAAAAAGGGUUCCGUGUGGGCACUUUACAGUGAAAAUAGAGAAAGGGAAAAUGAAUUAGUAGGGGAUAGAAGACAAUAUGAUAUUGUUGUGUUUUUAACAACUUAUAGUGAAGUACAUGGAUUGAGCAUGGGGUACCUUGAAAAGGUCAACGGGUUUAAGACACUUUUCAGGAGACGAGAGAUUGGCUGUCAUGCUAUUAAAUGGCUUGAAAAACAUGAAGUUCGGUUGUUUUCACAUCAGAUUCCUGCAAGGAAGCUAAGUAGGGAAGAGGUUCCGGAUAUUUCAGGAGACUGUUGGGAACUAGAUCCUGCCUCACUUCCUUCCCAGGUAACCCGGUGAAGUUUGACAGCAGGUAGUUAAAGCCUUAUUAGCUUCUUAUGAAUGGAUACGGCUCAUGCUUUAGUUAAAAUGGUUGUGCAGACUGAUGUGUUCUUAUUUUUAAUGCGGUCGUUACACUUGCUUACAAAAAAACAAUUUACGAGAAGCUUGAUAUGAUUCAUGUGAUAUACAUAUAGUUGAUUUAAGGUUUAGUUGGAUGCAAUAAUUACAUAGCACCAUAUCAGUUAGCUAUGGGUUAAAACUUUGUUCACAAUCACUAUUGAAAUAAAAUUUGUAUAUAUGUUAGGAGGAUAGUUUUUUGAAAGUUAGUUGUUUUUUGGGAAGAUAGGGUAUAUCUUUGUCUAGCAAAAAAUGCAACGCGGCAAUCGGAAAUUGCCUUAUAUCUGAAACAAUCGUUUCUGCUUACAAACAUUUUGGCGUAUAAUUAUUAUUAUUGUUAUGCAA